UUCAAAUUUGUGAUAAUUAUUAGAGAACUUUCAAUAGUCUUUGUCGUUGAAGAUGACAAGUCAAAGAAUCGUUAUCCAUGCGGACUGAAAGAUUAUCCUUAGAGAAUUUUCCUGACCUAUCCUCGCGUCGCAACCUUCUCGUCUUCUCUCUCAAUCCACAAAGCCAGCAUAUUCCUUCUCGUUUUCAUGUUUGCUCUAGUUUAAAUCUUCAAUCUCCUUCCCGGUUUUUUCCAUUCUCCGAUGGCAUUCCUUGUUCGUUCGCCGGAAAUUCCCACUGUCUCGGCGAGAAUCUUCUCCGAUUCGAAUUCGAGUGUUAUUAGUCAUGCGUUUAUGAGGAGGAAGGUUACGGUUUCAGCGAUUGACGCAAGAGAUUUGUCUGGUGUUAAGAAUCAGAAAUCGAGAUUGUACGGGAGAUUCUCAGCUCCGGUGAAAGAAGACUGCAAGAUUAGCAGAGACGAAGAAGAAGAUAAGCAGAGUUACUACGUGAAUAUGGGUCACGCCGUUCGUAGUAUCAGAGAAGAGUUUCCUUUGUUGUUCUACAAAGAGCCCAAUUUUGACAUUUACAGAGAUGAUAUUGUUUUCAGAGACCCUGUGAACACUUUCAUGGGGAUUGAUAACUACAAAUCCAUAUUAUGGGCCUUACGUUUCCAUGGAAGGAUCUUCUUCAGAGCACUCUGUGUUGACAUUGUUAGUGUUUGGCAACCUACAGAGAACACUCUGAUGAUACGAUGGACUGUUCAUGGAAUUCCUCGUGGUCCUUGGGAGACUCGUGGUCGAUUCGAUGGUGCUUCUGAGUAUAAAUUCGAUAAGAGUGGGAAGAUUUAUGAACAUAAAGUCGAUAACAUCGCCAUUAAUUCGCCUCCAAAGUUUCAAAUGCUCACUGUUCAAGAGCUUGUUGAAGCCAUUAGCUGCCCUUCGACUCCCAAGCCCACCUACUUUGAGUUCGGAGAUUGAUUCAUCAUCAUAGUGUUGUGUAUAAUCCAGUAUUUCGUGUGGUUAUAGAUAGAGUGGUGUGUAUAUAGAUGAAGAAGACACGAUAUAAAUAAACCCAAUAACAUGAAUACAUUUAACCCUUUCAUGCGUAUAUUUAAGAAAAGCCUACAUAUGUAAUAGAUUUUCUCGGUAAUUUAGGGGUGUUAUUGGUUUGUGAUUUAAAUAGAGUUUUAAUGACUUUAA